CAAGAGAGCUCGACCAUGGCGAGACCUCGACUCCUGCUCGCCCUCCUGGCUACGGCCCUCGCAGCCGCCUUGGCUCUCGGCCGCCGCGGCGUGCUCCUGGGCGGGUGGAGCCCCGUCCCGGACGUGAACGACGAGCACGUCCAGGAGCUCGGCGGGUGGGCGGUGGCCCAGCACGCCAGCCUAGCCAACGACGGGCUGCUCUUCCGCCGGGUGACGCGCGGCGAGCAGCAGGUGGUGUCCGGGAUGAACUACCGCCUCUUGGUCGUCGCGGCGGACGGCUCCGGCAAGAGCGUGACCUAUCUCGCGCAGAUCUACGAGCACUGGAGCGGCACCCGCAAACUCACGUCAUUCAAGCCGGCUGCCGGCGGCUAACUGAUCCGCCUUAAGUUUCAUCUGCUCAUCCUUUGUGUAUGUACGUAGUACUACUACAACUAAAUAAACGAGUCGUGUGGUUUGAUCGUCGGGUAUGCAGUUCAUCCUGACUAGGAGUAGUAAUAUUUGCUUGCUAUCACUAGCAAAUAAAAAUGUGAUUACUCUUCUAGAAUGUUGUAAUGGAUGGUUUGUUUGUGUCGUUUGCCA